GUUUUUAGAGGAGAGGGGACUCCUUUCAGCAACAUUCUUCUUUACCCAGUCCUCACUGAGGGCGGUAUAAACUGGGUUUCUGAGUUUUAUCGUCAGAGUUUUUAUUUGGUAGAUUUUUAGAGGAGUUGCUGGGUUUUCUUUUGUAGUCUGGCUCUCGUAUGCGGUUAGAAAGUGUUCGCGGUCAGGUCGGCUGCAGCUGGUCGGUAAGAUAGAGCUUGUUAGCUAGCUUCCAUUAGCCAGCAGCUCCCAGUAGAUUUACGGCUUAUAUCCGCGGCUCUCCUGCCAGGUAGAUCAACUAAAGCUGGAGGCGCUGGUCAGCCACAAUGGUUUGGUCAGUUACACAGUUCCUCGGUGUUGACAUUGAUAAAUAAUUCAGCUCUUUUGGGGACAAAUCAACGCAACCUUUGUUCGGCUUGUGCGCAGCCUGACAGGUUUGGCCUGUUUCAUUGUCUGCGAACAGAGAAAACGCAGAAGUUGUUUUUCGGUGGAGGUUGUUUGGCUAGUCGGGCUAAUUUAGCCGUGUAAACAAACCCGUCAGCUGUCGACUCCAGAUAAUCUCGAAAGCUACCUGGACCGGUAUGGCGCAACACGACCCCUCUCAUGUAGCCAGUUCACAGAAAGCACUCAUGUUGGAGAUGAAGAGCCUUCAGGAGGAGCCAGUCGAGGGAUUCAAAAUAACACUGGUGGACGAGGCUGAUCUAUACAACUGGGAAGUGGCCAUUUUCGGACCCCCAAACACUCAUUAUGAAGGGGGGUAUUUUAAGGCUCGGAUCAAGUUUCCUAUAGACUACCCAUACUCCCCUCCUGCUUUCCGCUUCCUCACCAAGAUGUGGCACCCCAACAUCUAUGAGAAUGGAGAUGUGUGUAUUUCUAUCCUGCACCCUCCAGUGGACGACCCACAGAGCGGAGAGCUGCCUUCAGAGAGAUGGAAUCCCACCCAGAACGUCCGGACCAUCCUGCUGAGUGUGAUCUCGCUGCUGAAUGAACCCAACACCUUUUCUCCUGCCAACGUGGACGCCUCCGUCAUGUACCGCAAAUGGAGGGACAGCAAAGGCAAAGACCGAGAAUAUGUAGAGAUCAUCAGGAAACAGGUGCUGGCCACCAAGGCGGAGGCUGAGCGUGACGGCGUGAAGGUUCCCACCACGCUGGCUGAAUACUGCGUUCGCACACGUGCCCCAGCCCCCGACGAAGGCUCCGACCUCUUCUACGACUAUUACUACGACGAUGACGACGUGGAGGACGAGGACGGCGACUGCUGCUACGACGAAGACGACUCAGGCAACGAGGAGUCAUGACGCGAUUUCCCAUACAACGCCCAGUCUAGCUGACGUACGCUACCCCUUUUUUCUGCCCGGGUUGCCAGAUAUUCUAGGUUCACAACCGAGAAAAUUUCGAAGCUUCCUUCCUCUAAACCAAUAAAAGAGCUUUUUUUCCUGAAGCUUCUGAACUCGUCUCAGAGGUUGAAACUGACGCCUCGUUGUUGGAAGGGUCAGACCUGGUAAGAUUUGCACCAGCACAAAAGUCACCAGUUUCUUCAGUUUUUGCAAACAGUUUUCAUCGUCACCUCAAACCUUACUUUGAGAGAACAGCUUCCAUAAUCAUGCAGAGUUCUUCAGUCCUGUGUAUAGUAUAUGAUGUAGUGGGGUAAACGCCACUGUCAACAACAGCAACAUUUGCUCUGGUGCAAACACUUCCAAACGUUUCUCAGCCUCGCUCUUGCAUAUCUUUAGUUCCCUAACUGUAACUGGGUGUUUACUCUCCAGUAUUUGCUCUCAGUGACAAACAGAAGAUUUGCGGACUUCAAGCAGCCUGUUUGUGUUGAACGGCGCACUGCAAAUACCCGAUAUUUCUGAGUUUCACAGUCUGUCUUCGCUUUGAUAGGACAGGACAUGAAUUGUCACGUGACGGUGUUUUCAAAGUUCUUGUGCAUGCCAGAACAUCUUUGAGCUUUUUGUCUCUUACUGGUGGACUGUUUACCUACAUCAUGAUCCGUUUUCAGCUCUGUGAGGACACAGACUUGUGACGACGGAGGACUCUCUACAUGGAGGACCAGCCGGCUGAGUCAGCAGGUCAACUCCUCAUGUGGACAUUUUUUUUUUUGCUAACAUGAAAAUCGAUCUUUGCCGUGUUUCUUCUGGUUGAUGUUAGACGUGUUUCUCUGUCAUUUUUAGUGUGGGGGGGUUAUGUUAUUUGAAGUAGCUGAGAUUAAGAGUUGUGUAGGAUGACCAAGUUUUUCAGGGGGGAUGGAACGGGGCAGAACUAAUUAUCGAUCCGAAUUGUAUUUCUCCUCAGGGUCGCUCUCGGAGAGGCCUGAUGGACCCAAAGACCUAAAGCAGUGUGUAAAAGACAGCCCAAAACUUUUUGAUAACUGUUUGUCGUACUCUUGUCUUUAUUUGCUCUUUGCUGUCUUGCAAGCUUCAUUAUUUUAGGCUCCUUGUUUGGUUUGACGUUAUGCCUGCACCCUUUGCUAGAGAAUGAUUUACACCAUGAGAUUAUGAGGUUUGACUGGGAAUAUAGUCUGUCAGAAGGUGUAGUGUCAGGUUUAUUAAAGUUUUUCAGCCCCAGAAGUGAAAAAGAACAAGGCCGCCGCAUUUUAUUUUUCAUCCCUAUCCUUUAUGUUAGCAGAGAGUAGAAUGGGUUUUUGAUAUUACUUUCAGAGCGUAUGGGUUUCCGCUGAGUGUGUAUUUUCUUUCAUCAGCAAUAUUGAUUGUUGUAUUUACUUAAAUUGGGACAUCAGAUACUGAUAUUCUCAGGAUAAUGAAUUACAUGUGACACCAGUUAAGACAAGCAACUAUUUUCUUCUUUAGGUGGUCUUCAAGUGUUGGUUUACAGCUUCAACAGGAACCACAACCGAUAUGCACAUGUAGCUGUAUGGAUGAUUACCAUAUUGUUUUAUUCACCUGUGUCUAUUUUUUAUUUUCGGCUAUUUAAAACUGAAAAAUAAAGAUUUAUUUGGAAAAAAAACGCA